UAAGUAGAAUAGAAUCAGCCCAGAGUCAUUUUCUUUCAGUAUUAGAAGUCUCUAAAAUUCCAAAUUCUGCAAAGCAAACUUUUCACACUCUUCACGCACUGAGAAGAGAAACAAACACACAAUGCACGCGAAGACGGAUUCGGAGGUGACGAGCCUUGCCCCAUCGUCGCCGGACCACAACCGGCGGGCGAUGUACUACGUGCAGAGUCCGUCGCGCGAUUCGCACGACGGGGAGAAGACGACGACGUCGUUUCACUCGACUCCGGUGCUGGGGAGCCCCAUGGGGUCGCCACCGCGAUCGCACUCCUCCGUCGGCCACCACUCCAGGGAGUCGUCAACCAGCCGCUUCUCCGGCUCGCUGAAGCCGGGAUCGAGGAAGGUAUUGCCGAACGACGUCGGAUCUGGGGGCAGGGGACCGAAGAAUUGGAAGGACUGCGAUGUGAUUGAAGAGGAAGGAUUGCUGGAAGAUGAGGAGUCGCGGAAAGGCCUGCCUCGUAGAUGCUAUUUCCUUGCUUUUGUUGUAGGAUUUAUUGUGUUGUUUUCGUUUUUCGCCUUGAUUUUGUGGGGAGCUAGCAAGCCGCAGAAGCCUAAGAUCACGAUGAAGAGCAUUACAUUUGAGAGAUUCAUGGUUCAAGCUGGUUCCGAUUCCACGGGGGUAUCGACCGACAUGAUCUCCAUGAACUCGACCGUGAAACUAACCUACCGCAACACAGCUACAUUUUUCGGAGUUCACGUCACCUCAACUCCGGUCGCUCUCACCUACUCGCAGCUCACCAUUGGCUCGGGCACCGUGAAGAAGUUCUAUCAAUCGCGUACCAGCCAGAGGAACAUGGCUGUGACUGUAAUAGGCGACAAGAUCCCGUUGUAUGGAAGUGGUGCGAGCUUGAGCACCCCCACGGGGAUCACCACGCUCCCUGUGCCGCUGAAACUGGAGUUCACAGUCCGGUCGAGGGCUUAUGUUCUUGGCAAACUGGUGAAGCCGAAGUUCUACAAGAAGAUCGAAUGCUCUAUCGUUUAUGACACCAAGAAGCUCAACGUGCCCAUCUCCCUCAAGAACUGCACUUACAAUUAAUGGGAGAUGAGAUGGUUGCAUUGUUCAUAUCUGCUGAGGAUUGAUUGAGGUAAUUUCAUAGCACAAUUUGUGUGAGCUUAGCAGCUAGUAUUUAUGAAUACAUGAGGCUAAGUUGAAUAAGAACUCUUGAAGUUCUUCAUGUGUCUGUUUAUAUUUUAUCUAGGCUUUGUGUGACUUAUUAAUUUAAUUUAUUUUUGGUAUAUAUUGAGUUUGGAUGUAUUCUUCAGUUGGGGUUAAGGAAGUGUAUGAACUCUUUAGUAGUAGUACUGUAGUAGUAGUAUAUAUACUUAUAUGUCUUACUUUACCCACUAGUUUCCAUUUUGAA